CUCCAUUUUUUAGGUUGUUCAGCAUGAGUGUGGCUGUGCUCCUGCUCCUGGGGCUGGGGCUGCAGGUGGCAGAAGGCAGAAGGAACAGGUGUUUCUUCAACCGCACUCAGGAGUUCUGUGUGUGCUACAACCUGUCCGAGAAGACCAUGGGCAGCAUCAUCCAGUGCCUCCCAGCAACUGUGGUGGAGUUUUGGGGCGGGGAUCUGGAGAAAUACGCAGCCUUCCCCAUCAGGGACCCGGACUCCUCCGUCAUUGAAACUUUGGGCUCCCUUAUCAUCCAGAAGAUAGUUAUUGGAAAUGUCCUGGUGCCCGAGACACUCCUCGCCCGUGUGCUGAGGUUCUUCUCCUACACCCACGUGCAGGAGCUGGCCUUUGAGAGCUGCAUUUUCCAGGGCACAGGCGACUGGAGUGACAUGGAUGGGCACAGCUUGCCCAUCCUGUCCCUGAGCUUCCACAACGUGACGUGUGCCCCGCUGACGGGCCGUGAGCAGGCCUUCUCCAGCCUCAGCAGCUGGCUGGGGACCCUGCAGGAGCUGGCUGUCACCAGCUCCCGCCUCAGCAGCCUGCCCUGUGCCAUCGGGAGGGAGCUCAGAGCCCUGCGCUCCCUGGACCUGGCACACAACAGCCUGGGGGACGGGAGCCUGGCCCCCGCCUUCUGCCAGGGAGCUUUCCCUCAGCUCCAGCAGCUGAGUCUGCAGCACAACGACCUGAGCUCCUACCACGGCGUGUGUGAGGGCGUGGAGCUGCUGCCGGGGCUCCGGCACCUCGAUCUCAGCCACAACGAGCUCACGGCAGAGCCAUCCUCCUCCUGCCAGUGGCCGCCAUCCCUCCAGAACUUUAACCUGUCCAGCACCGGCUUGGAUGAGGUGCCAACACCGCUGCCUCCCCACCUCGAGGUGCUGGACAUGAGCCACAACCACCUCCACGCUGUAGACAUCUCCCUCAGCUCCGUGAAGAAACUCUUCCUGAACCAAAACCUGCUGCAGGCCGUCCCCUCCAUCAGGAAUUACCCCGUGCUGGACACCCUUCACCUGGACAACAACUCCAUUUCGGAGCUGCCCAGGGAUGAGGUGAAGCUCCUGGGGCGCCUGCAGGACGUGGCUGUGGCUGACAACCCCUUCAGCUGCUCCUGCUCCGGGGCCGGGGGGCUGCAGGCGCUGGCGGCCUCGGGGCACCUGGGCCAGGGCUGGCCCGGGGGCUACAGGUGCCACUCGCCAGCACAGUACCGGGGCUGGCAGGUGGCACGGGUGCCCGUGUCGGUGCUGCGCUGCCACCUCGCCGCCGUGCUGGCCCCGCUCUGCGUGGCCCUCGCCCUGCUGGCCGUGGCUGGGGCCGUGUGUCUGGCCAGGAGCAGGUCCUGCCGCAGAGCCUGA